AUGUUAUCCAUGUCUGCAGCCACCCUUGCAGCCACCCUUGCUUUGCUCUCUGCUGUCACAGCGUCUGAGAAACCGUCGUCGUCCUCUUCAUCCUCAUCCUCAACAGCGGCCACAAACGGCUACGAUGCCAUCAUUUGUGGUCAAAACGGCUACGCAGAUGGCUCUGGUCUCUCUUACAGUGCAAAUGCCUGGAAUCCUGAUGACGGCGGUUUUCAGUGCCUCUCGAUAAUCAACGCAAGUUCUCCCACUUACGGUGGCUUUGAUGCGACAUGGAAGUGGCCUGGAGAUCCAGAUACAGGGGUGCAUUCCUACCCGCAUGUCACAUUCUCGUCGGGCGACCUGCCGGCUUCCGUCUCUAACAUCUCCGCCCUGAGGCUGGCUGCAUCGUGGACCUACACCCCGGGUACAGUUUCUAAAGCUGACGAGGCUGCGCGCCUGGAUGCUUUCGACGCCAACGGCCUCAAUGAUGUCGGAACGAAAGCCAACAUCGCGUUCGACAUCUUCAUGGACCCGGACAAGGGCAACGCGACCUCUGCCACCGCUGCCAAGUACGAGAUGAUGAUCUGGAUCGGUCAAGUUGGCAAGCCUCAACCCCUAGGCUUCAAUUCUGGGAAUGCCACCUGUUACACCCAGCAGCUGGGUUCCCUCAACUUCACGCUAUUCGUAGGCAAAAACACCCGAGGCACACUUGUCUACAGCUGGGUGUCACCAACAGACCAGACGUCCUUCGACGAGGACAUCACGCCGCUACUGCAAUACCUCUGGCGUAACGAUCUCGUAUCUGCUGACGCCCGGAUCGGGCUUGUGGAGUUUGGCUCCGAGGCCUACCAUGCGGGCAACAACGUCACUUUCAGUGCCGGGGGUUUUAACAUGGACGUCUGGCCUGGGAGUCCUGUCAAGUUUGAGCUGAAUCCCGUGGCAGAUAAUUGCGAUGCUCCGCAGAGCCCAGCUGGGCCACAGGGAACUUCAUCGCCCGAGAAGGGAACUGGCGCCAGGGCUGGAGAGGGCCCAUUGGCAGGAUUGAUCAUGGUGAUGGCCGUCAUGCUUUCUUCAGUGGCAAGUUUAGGCUUGUACGAGCUGUAG